AUGUCCACUGAAGAGCAAGAUGAAGCUCAGAUAACAAGAAAUGACGAGGCUUAUGACAUAGAAGAUGACAUUCAGGAUUGGAAUGCUCUAAAUAAGUUAACAAAAAAUUCAGAAAUUAUACCUAAAAGAGGUGAAAAAGAUUUUGAGCCAGAUGGAACGUCAAUACAAAGUUCCUUGUUAGAUGAUUCACGAAAUGCUAUGUAUCAGGCAUUGAGCUAUCCUAGGGGACAUAAUCUGAAACAAAAGUUGAUAUCAGUAUGGAUGCCGAAUGAAAAGAGAGCUUUAGUACCGCAUGCCAAAGGAGGGUUUUUUAAGGAUAUGGGCAAAACAGCAAAUUUUGGGAAGAAAAUUCAAGGAUUAUGGUUGGAGCCAUUAGAGGUGGUAUAUCUCGUGGAAAGAGGGUCGAUGGCUAUCUUUUUAGGCAAUGGUGGAUUUGAAAAGUUUUUGAAUGAUCCUAAUGAAACGCAUUUUGACUACGAUGAAAACUUAAUGUCAUUAUCACUCAGUCAUAUUUACACUUUAGCAUUCGAUGGUGACAGCAAGCUCAUGGAUUCGUACAUUGUAUAUGCAUAUUUAAAACGUCACGGAUAUUUGAUACAAACCUUUAGAAGGCUUGAUGGCGAAGACCAGUACUCCAAAUACAAACAGUUGCAAGCACAUACGACUUUCUUGUCACUGAUAUUAAGAUCCACUACUUCAGCUAUUAAGUAUUUAUUUUCAAGGCCAUUAUUUACAACAUUUCAUAGUAAACUUCAAAAAUUGGGAAUAUUUGCAUUCUGCUCUUUCCAUGAUUUGCAUUUCAAGACAAAGCAUUAUUUUAACUACACAUCGAUAUUUCAAGCGUUGAAACUUAUACCGUCCUAUUCCUCUCUUGAUAGUCUAAAGACUUGUCCACCAAAGAAUUCUAAUUACGUUGUUGAUUUUAACGUAUGGAAACCAACUCCAAAUUUUUCUAAAAAGAAUCCACCAAAUCCAGAUUUUCAUAUAUGUGUAGUCAACACUGACAAAACUAAAUUUCCGGAAUUAAACGAACUACAGGGACUAUUCAAUCAAAUUAAUUACAAGUUUCCUUCCGAUGAUACUCCUGAUGUUCCGGCUAAGUCUACAAAGAAACCGAAAAAGCCUCAAGCGCCAACAAAAAGGGAAAUUAAGUUUCAAAGACAGAAGGAGAGACAAUUAAAAUUAGACCCAAAGAUUCAAGCUCGAAAUGCAUAUUUUAAACUUAGAGAUAAUAAGCUUAAAUAUGGAGCCUCUGGUAGGUCCAUAAUUCUUGCUUUGGUUCAAAGCGGUGUUGUUAACUUCAUGAACGUUGGGGAAGGCGAUUUUGCACUCGAAAACUUUGGAACUGAAGAUUUAAAUGAAAUAAUUCCAAGUAGACAUCAUGGUAUUAUGUGGAAUGAGAAAUACUGA